UGAACUAAACUAGUCUUUUACAAGUCACCGUACAGCCUUUAGCCUGCUAGCUUCUCACCACGUUUCCAAGUCUUUUUAGUUUCGAUUUUAUUCGUUUUUUAUUGUUUUCUUUUUUCGUUUAUUUUACCAAUACAAGUCUACGCACAAACUAACGACUGGUUCGUUGGCAUGUGAACGUUGGGAACACCUGUGACACUUUCUUGUCAGGACGUGAGAUUUUGGGCUUCUACUGACGGUUAUUUGUUCAUUUUUGUUCGAAGAUUGGAAUUUGUCUUGUGUCGCCCAGAUGAACAUGGAUUGUGGGCAGUAAACACCUUGACCUGCAUUCAGGUGUGUGCCCUGGUUCCAAUGAUUAGAAUAGAGGUACGAGACCUGUGAGGGCAAACCGUCGCAGCAUGGAAAAGACUCCUGGGUCCCGAGGCACGGAGUGUGUGUCCAGAUUCGACUUAAAAGAAACAUUGGAGCGCCACAAUGUUACAGCCACACAGGUACCAACAAGAAGGGCAGAUACAGAUUGCUCUGUACCAAGAAGCCACAAAGUGACAAUUCCCCAAAGGCUAAAUCUAAUGCCCUGGUUCCACGGCAAAAUAGAACGAGGGGAAGUCGAGCAAUUGCUCUCCCCUCCAACGAAUGGCAGAUACCUGGUGCGGGAGAGUACAAACUAUCCCGGAAACUACACGCUGUGUUUGAGCAAUGACAACACAGUGGAGUACUACCGUAUCACUUACUCCGAUGGCAAGUUUUUCAUAGAUGACUCUCAGCGCUUUGACACCCUCAUCCAACUGGUAGAGCACUACAAACAAGAUGCUGAUGGUCUCUGCAGCAAACUAAUUCAGCCAAAGUUGAAGAAGGAGAUUCUAGAUGUCCAAACUGAAUUUUUGAGAGGUGGCUGGGUGCUGAACAGGAAUGACCUCAAAUUAGAGAAUGUCAUUGGAAGGGGAGAGUUUGGAGAAGUUAAGGUGGCUGACUACAAUGGGACUAAAGUAGCUGUGAAAUGCAUUAAAAAUGAUGCUACUGCGCGGGCCUUUAUAUCAGAGGCCUCUGUCAUGAUGAAACUACAUCACGAUAACUUGGUGAAGCUGCAUGGAGUGAUCGCAGAGGAGGACGGCAGUUUAUUCAUCAUCACUGAAUACAUGACAAAGGGUACCUUGGUGGACUACCUACGUUCCAGAGGAAGGGCUGUACUCAGUGAAGUUGCUCUUCUUAAAUUUUCAUUACAUGUGUGUGAUGCCAUGGUGUAUUUGGAGGCCAAUAACUUUGUCCACCGCGACCUGGCAGCUCGUAAUGUUCUUUUGACAGAGGACCACGUGGCUAAAGUCAGCGACUUUGGUUUGACCAAGAAGGUGUCUUCCGUUGAGGCCAUUCACAAAAUGCCUGUGAAGUGGACUUCACCAGAGGCCCUCAGAGAACAAAAAUUCUCCACCAAAUCGGAUGUUUGGAGUUACGGUGUUUUGCUUUGGGAGAUUUUCUCAUUUGGUCGAAUUCCUUAUCCAAAAGUUCCAUUAAAAGACGUGGGGCCUUUAUUGGAGAGCGGAUUCCGGAUGCCUCCUCCAGACAGAUGUCCUGCAGAUCUCUACAACAUCAUGAAGCAGUGCUGGCAGCUGGAUCCUGCUCGUCGCCCAAAUUUUGAGCAGUUGAUGGUGCAGCUGCUAGAUAUCCGCAAGGGCUUCCGGAAAAAUCACACGCUGGUGUGACAAAGCCAUCUGUAUCGUGUCGCCUACUGUUGUUUGGACUCUAACGUGGGAAGAAAAAAAAAUACCUCCAUUGACCAUUAUUUGAUGAUGUUCACAACGUAUUACAGCAUUGAUAAGAUGGUCCUUUAUUGCUUUUACACCAAUGACCAUUUUAUUGGCUGUUUUGAGAAGUGUCUUCCUGCGUUCUCUGAAUGUUUAUGAGCCUUUUUGUGGACCAUUAUGACAAUAUUUGGCAACACUGACAGGGGAAAUAUCUCCUAAACCACAAUUGACUGACAUUUCUCCUAUAAACACGUGAUAUGCAGCCUAUUUAAAAACAUGUAUUGAUAUUUUCUGAAUGUUUUAAACCCGAUUUGAUAGCUACUGAAUAUCAACAUGUGGGAUAGAAACAAGAGCCAAUAUGAUCUUACUCUCCACAAUUGUUUUUGUUUUUUUUCUCCAUGAAUGUAUUGUUUUCAUCUUGUUUGGAAAUACCCCCAAAAAAUACAGUAUCUUGUGGAAA